CUUGGAAGCACGCUUAGUCAUCUCGCCUGUUUUCCCUUGGGUUGGGAACCUCCUGCAGCCCCAAGCGAUUUCGCUGCCUCAUGUCUGCAGCCCUUUUAACCCCAGGACUACGCACUGCCAAACGUCGUCUCACUCGUUUAGCUGCAACCAUGUCCUUCAACAACCCUAACGAAGUCGUCAUCGUCUCCGGUGCCCGUACCCCUGUGGGCAAUUUCCAGGGUGCGCUCAAGGGCUUCACUGCACCCCAGCUUGGUGUCAUCGCGGUCAAGAAGGCCCUCGAGAAAGCCAAGGUGAAUCCCGAUUUGGUGGAGGAGCUCUACAUGGGGCAUGUCAUCCAGGCGAACGUCGGCCAGUCUCCUGCUCGCCAGGUGGUGAUCGGUGCCGGGCUCCCGCAGAGUACCGAGGCGACAACUGUGAACAAGGUCUGCGCUAGCGGGAUGAAAGCCAUCACGAUGGCUUCCCAAGCUAUCCAGCUCGGACACCGGUCCGUCAUGAUCGCCGGUGGCAUGGAGAGCAUGAGUCAGUCCCCGUACUAUCUGCCACGUGUCAACCCUACCUUCGGUCAUGUUCAGAUGAAGGAUUCCCUGCUCGUGGAUGGACUCUGGGACGUGUACAACGAUUUUCACAUGGGCCAGGCCGGCGAGAAGGCUGCAAAGGAUCAUCAAAUCUCCCGUGAGAUGCAGGACGACCAUGCCAUCCAGACGUAUCGUCGAGCGGAGGAGGCGUGGAAGAAGGAUGCGUUCAAGGAGGAGAUUGCUCCCAUUGAGAUUGUUGACAAGAAGGGCAACAAGACUGUUGUUGAUGAGGACGAAGCAUACAAGGUUGUCAAGUACGAGAAGAUCCCCACUCUCAAGCCCGUCUUUGCCAAGGACGGCACCAUCACUGCUGCCAAUGCCUCGGCAUUCAAUGACGGCGCUUCCGCUGUUGUGCUUAUGUCCACUGGAAAGGCACAGGAACUCGGCGUCAAGCCUCUGGCGAAGAUCGUCUCAUACGCUGAUGCCGCAAUCGCCCCGGAGGACUUCCCGAUCGCCCCGACCGUUGCCCUUCCCCUGGCCUUGAAGAAGGCCGGCCUGACGAAGGAUGAUAUCUCUUUGUUCGAAAUCAACGAGGCAUUCAGCGUCGUGGUCCGGGCAUGCGAGAAGGUCCUCGGACUCGAUCCGGCAAAGGUGAACAUCAAGGGCGGCGCGGUUGCGCUCGGGCAUGCGAUCGGGAAUUCUGGCUGCAGGAUAGUUAUCACCCUGGCUCAUUCACUUGAGCCUGGCCAAUACGGUGCGGCAGCAGUGUGCAAUGGCGGCGGAGGAGCUUCUGCGAUCAUCAUCCAACGGCUUUAGAUUAUUAGGGUUUGACCUGGGACCUGAGCUGAUGCGCUGGAAUGCUGGCCGGUGUCAUGGAUAAUUGGACCGUAAUCGAUAUUCAUGGCGUUAAUGCGUAGGGUCUGGUUGUAUGGCCUUAUUUGCCUUGACUAGAUUAAUAAAACCACAAUGACUGAGGAG